CCGAGCAAAGUUGUCAUUUUUGGAUGAGCCAGUGUAACGUCGAAGAUAAAUCCUGUAAAAGUGUUCACAGUUGACUUUUCUUGUCCUUCUAUUACUAGUGGGUGUUUGUCAAAUGUCCGGCUUUCAGGAUCUUUCAGCCCUACUGGGAGGGGACCUCCAGGAAGACCCAGAAUGUGCUGGAGGGAUUAUAUAUCCUGUCUGGUCUGGGAAUGCCUUGGGAUCCCCCAGCAGGAGUUGGAAAUUGUAGUUGGGCAGAAAGAUCUGUGUUGACUUGCUCAACGUGCUACCUACGCAACCCGGCCCAAGAUAAGCAGAAGAAUGUUGGAUAACUUAAAAUUUUUCCUGUAAAGAUCCAACAGCGUUCAGUGAGUAAAGAAGAGGUUUCCCCUGAACAGCAGGAGAGUGGCUCCAGCAUGAACCAGGAGAUUGCUGAGACUCCAUACCUUAAAGAAGAACCAGAAGAACUGCGGAUACGCCUGGAGGGAAAGCAGAAUCACUGGCCAAAGUAUGCUGACGUGAUCAAGUUCACCUUUGUUCCGGUCCCCAUGAAGAUUGAAGAGGAUGAGGAGAAUCCGCAGUCCUCACAAGUGCAUCACAGACAGUCUGAACAGGUGGAAUCAGGAGCUGAUGGAGAGGACUGUGGAGGAGGAGGAGCAGUCAGUUACAAUGAUCCAGAGAGAUAUUUACAACCAGAGAUUGAGGUCAAGAUUGAAGAGUCUUCUGAAGCUGAGACUGAUGACAGUGCUGAUUGGAUGGAGACAACAUACCAUCAGUCAGGUUUAAACUUACUGGAAGACAAUGAGAAAGGGGAGAUUGAUAGCAGACCUCAUUCUGGUGAGAAACUAUUUGGCUGCUCUCAGUGUGGUCAAAGAUUUAACCUAAAACAACAUCUUUCAUACCAUAUGAGGAGUCACACAGGAGAAAAGCCCUUCAGCUGCUCUGAGUGUGGAAAAAGAUUUAGCCUUGAAGGUAGUUUGAUCACACACAUGAGAAUUCACUCAGGUGAGAAACCCUUUGACUGCUCUGAGUGUGGUAAAAGAUUUAGCCAAAAUGGAAACCUGACCAGACACAUGUUAGUUCACACCAGACAAGAACUCUUAAGCUCAGCUGAGAACAGUAAAGAAUUUAACCUGAAAGAUCUACUGAUGACACAUAAGAGACCUCACACUGCAGAGAAACCUUUCAGCUGCUCUGAGUGUGGUAAAAGUUUUAAAGAAAAACAUCAUUUGUCCACACACAUGUUAGUCCACACAAAACAAAAGCUCUUUGGUUGCUUGGAGUGUGGUAAAAGAUUCACACAAAAAAUUGAUGUGACCAGACAUAUGCUGAUUCACACCAGACAAAAACCCUUUCUAUGCUCUGAGUGUGGCAGGAGAUUUAACCGACAAAGUUCUGUGACCAGACAUAUGUUGCUGCACACUCGGCAAGAGACAGAAACUCUUUAGCUGGAAAAAAAAAAAAAACACUUUCAUGCUCAAACUUGAACACAAGACCACCUCUCCACAAGACCUCUGUUUUUGCCCCCACAUCAGCACACCUGCAUCUCCCCUUUUCAUUUUAUUUUUAUGUAAUAAUGAAGGAACUUUUCACUCAGAACGGGACUGUUGGGUUAGUUAGGAGGGCAUUAUUCUGACCCUGCUGGGUUCUUGUUUAUAUUUUCUUCUUCUUUUAUGAUAUUCAUAACUUAGGAAGGAGACAUUUCAGACCGGUUUUGAGACAGAUUCUGGAUCUGUUAUUGACAUGAACCUGUUGAGCAUGGAAAGACAGUUUUCACUCACUCACAUGAUAUGAAACCUCCCAGAUCUGAGAGAGGCUGUAAAUAGCUGAGCCUCAAUGCUUUGGUGCUUUGGAACAGUGUCCAACAGCUAAUGUUAAAUAAGUGUCUUAUCUACUCUUAAUGUCAACAAUAGGUUUGAAGUAAACAGUAAUAUAAAAAAUUAACCGUAGUGUUUUAGCUGUAAUACCUAACUGAAACAUGACAUUUGUGGUCUGUAGAGAGCAAGGUUGUUAUAGAUAACUAAAACUAACUAAAAAACUAAAUUCAAAAAUCAUUUUAGUUAGCUGGAACUAAAUAAAAACUAAGCUUUACCAAAAAAAAACAACAACAAAAAAAAAACUAAAACUAUGUAGUACGCUCACAAAACUAAAGUAUAAUAAAAAUGGAGACAAAAUAUCCUUAGUUUUAGUCUUUGACACACCCAUUCUAACUGGUACCUACACCCAAAUCUGGGGAGAGUAAAAUUGCCUAAUCUGAUUGGUUAAGACUUCACACAGUGGUAGUUUUAUGUCUGGAGUUGUAUUCAAACAUCAUCAUUAAAUAAAUAAGUAAAUGAU